AUGAUUGAAGACACAAGUUCAAAGUGGCAGAACCAACCCACAGCGAUGGUUAUCAUGGAUGACUACAAGUACACGGUAAUAGAAAAAGUUAGACAGAUGCCUCUGCUGUGGGAUCCAGAACAUUUUGAUUAUAAAAACAAGGAUCUACGACAACUAGCAUGGGACAAGCUUGAAAGUGAUAUGAAGCCGCCAAAUAAAGGGGUGACAGUGAAACAAACUUGGGAAGGCUUGAACCGUGCUUUCAACAGUGCCAUGAGUCGGCGAAAAAAGAAGACGUCUUGUAGCGGCCAAGGCAACGAUAAGCCUUGGAAAUUCGAAACAUCAAUGGGUUUUUUGAAAGCUGUCAAAGAGAAAAGGAACACUUCAUCCAACCUGGAGGAGAUGGACGAUUCUGAAAGUGAUGAGAAUUGGAGUCGAGUGGUAUUGGAACAGGCCAUAGAUAAGUCGGGCAUUUAUGACAUCCAUGAUGAUGACGAGGACAACGUGGCCCCAUCAAUGUCAUCCAAACCCAAUUCAAAGAGGAAGGCAACCGAUGAUGCGCAUGACGACCCACAAGCUGGAUUAUACAGAGUUAUGACUCAAUGUAUGGAAGAAAAACAAACAUCCCCUCGACUCAAGUUCUUUGAGUCAAUUAUGCCACAGGUUGAUGAAAUGACAGAUGAUUGUUUUUUAGACUUCCAGAUAGAAGUUCUAAACUCUCUCAAACGUUUCCGACAUGAUCCUGGCCCAGAUCGCUCGAAUUACAGUCACCACAUGACCCCAGCAACAUGA